AUGUCGAGUAUCCUGGCUAUCUCCAGUAACACAGAUGAGAAUCUGAAGGCUGAGCUACACAACGGCACUUACUUCGACACACAGGACAUUAGGAUUCGCAGCGAUCCAGACAAACUCCAAACAUGCAUUGCAAAAUACAUGGCCCAGCUCUGUAUCAGAGACUUGCGUCCAGAAGUAGAGUUAUGGGAACUCAGCAAAUGGACGGGGUCUGCUCAACGAUGUCUUCCGCAUCUGGGAGUCGAGCUUCUGGUCCAUGGCAUCAAUACGUGGCUGUAUUUCUUCACUCGAUCUGACCGACUAUGGGGACGUGGAUUGGCCAGUCUUUACUAUGGUGAUUGUUGGGAGGUGUCUCAUUAUCGCACUACGACAUCUCCCCUAGAUCGCGCUUUUAGUGGAGUAUUAGCCUUCUGCUCUCUUGUUAGGAAGGAAGAAGUAUAUAAGAAAGAGUACACAAGAAUGCAGAAGCUAAGAAAGACUUCUCUCCUCAGAGAAGUCUUCUUGUUCAUAGAGAUAAUAGACGUCAGAGUGUAG